UGAAUAUAAGAGAAACGUAUUCUUAUCCUUCCAUAUAUAAAAUGAUUUGUUUUGGGAUUUAAUUCCACAAUCAACCGGUCACCGAGGCACAAAUCCUGCCUUAUUAUUGAUCAGUAACAAGACAUAGAUACAUUGAAUAGUGAAAGACAUCAAUUUUAUCAAAUAUAAUUAGUGAGUUCCCCUACAACACAAAAAACCAUCCAAAAAUUCAAUCUCAAUUCCAUUUCCAUAAGCCAUGAAAUCCCGAAUCCCAGAAAUUUCAACCAGCAAGACUACUCACAAUUUGAACUGUUCCUGUUUCUUCUGCAUCUUGUCUGAAACCGUCCCUUCAGUGAGAAGAGCCAAAAUAUCCAAUUACUUGAAACAAAUGCCUCUCAGAGACGACCAAGAACAUGUCUUGAUCUUAAGUGGGCUUUGGAAAAUCGCCAUGACUAAACCAAACGACCCAGAAUUCCCUUCCCUUGGCAUCUUCGCAUGCAUGGCCAAACUUAUUAGCAAAGGUGUCACUAAUAGAAGUUGGCUUCUUAGACACCAGAACAUAUACAUACCCUAUUAUGCAGCACAUAUCAUUGGUUCCUAUACCAUAAAGAAAGCCAAGUUUGCCAAAAAAGCUGUUAAGUCCUUAGUGGUUCAGCCUUUACUUGAACUUCUUAAGGGUAAGAUAAGUUGGGUUGAACAAAGGGUUGCACUUAGAGCACUGGCUCAUAUAGCUAGCCAGGAAGCAACUUUUGAAGCUCUUAAAGCGCAUGAAGUAGAAAUCAUAGAAGCAGCCAUGAACAUAGCUUCCACGUGCCUAAACAAGGUAUAUGAUGACUUUGUUGGGUUGAAAAAGUCAGAGAGAUUGAAGUACCACAGGAACCUUCUAACAAGAGGGCUUGGAGGGUUUGAAUUGGAAAACAGAAAGGCAGAAGAAUGGGCUAGCCAACUUCAAUGUAGGUCUCUCUAUCUCCUACACUGUUUUGCAUGCAGAGAAAGAUCUCUCAGGUUAAUAUGCAAGAAGAAAUUCUUGAAGGAUUUGUGUGGAAUGUGGGGGGGACUAAAAAACCCAUCUUCACCUUGUGGAAUAGGACUUUUGAAAACUCUUUGUCACACCCAAAUGGGAAGAGAAAGCAUAGCAGGUUUGCAAGAAGUGUUAGAGAGUUUGUGUAAUGUUUCAAGAUCCUCAGAUGAAAGGCAACACAUGGCUAUUGAAAGUCUCAUGCAGCUUCUCAUGGACCCAGUUACAAGGUAUAAAGUGAUAGACAAGGUUGCUCCUGUGCUUGCUGAUUUGGUUGAACUAAGAGACAUCAAAGGGAAACACAAAAUUGGAAAAACAAUCAUGAAGGUUCUCUUACAUGACUACCACAAAAUCAAGCUUUGCAAGGUGAGUUUGUAUAGUGAAAGAACCAGGAGCAGGUUAGAAGAAUUAUGGGAUUUGAAGGUGGAGAGAAUCAACAGAGAGAAACUGAUGAGUGUGCAAGAAAUGAGAGAAAAAGAAGCCUUAUCAUGUGUUCUGAAAAAGGAAGGAAGUAAGAGUUUUUUUGCUGGGGAAAUUGAAAAGGCAGUGGUGAAGUACUCAGAGGCUUUAAAUUUUUGCCCUUUAAAACAAAGAAAAGAGAGGAUUGUGCUUCAUAGCAAUAGAGCUCAGUGUUAUUUGCUUCUUCAACAUUCAGAAGGUGCCAUCAGUGAUGCCACAAGAGCACUGUGCCUAUCGGGUGCGGCGCGUCCUCACGGUAAGAGCUUGUGGAGAAGAUCACAGGCUUAUGACAUGGAAGGCUUCGCCAAGGAGAGCUUGAUGGAUUGUUUAGCGUUCAUUGACACAAAGGGGUUGAAGAUACCAUACUAUGUAGCACGGUUUUUCAACAAGCAAAUUAAUUCCUCGUGGCUCUUCGCUUCAGCUCAGUCAAAGUGGUAUAGCAAACACGAAGAAAUGAAUGGAUUUGUGAGUUUGAGUCAGAAAGCGAUGAGAAAAAUGAAAGGUAUGAGUUACAUUGUAGAAGAACCUUUCACUGGGAGAAGAGCAAGGGAGAGAAGAAAGUGUGUAAGGAUGAGCCAGGGGAGAAAAUUAGUGAGUGCAAAUGUUAGAAGAAGCUGGCACUGUAUCGAAAAGGAUGAGGCAUGAAGUGAUUUAUUAUAGGAAAAUGAUAUGUAUGUUUGCCUUCAUUCACAAGAAAGGGAGAAAUUAUUCUUCUAUUAGUUCUAUAUAUGGUAAUUGCUUUUGAUCAUAAAUUAGUAGUACAUACAAGAAGUUGAAAAGAGGAGGUGAACCAAGACCUGAAUCAAUUAAUUGUUUGAGUUUAAUUACUAGAAACUUUGCCCAUAUUCUUACCUACGUUUACAAUGUCAGACUUUUUACGACGGCAAUGCUAUUUAUUAAGGAAUUUUGUCGGUACCA